AGGGAUCAGCGCAUUAACCGAGAUGUCUUAUAAAGACUGGUUGGUGUGAUCUGCGCUGCCGUCGAGUAGUGAUUCUCUGAAGAUUAACGUCUGCAACAUUUCUAAAUCAAAUCUAUAGGAGUCAGACGAUUUCUGCACCGCUAGCUUGAAAUUUAAAAAUACUCAAAAACUUUUAUAUAACAACAGAUUAGGUCAAGAUGGCGUCUCCACACCAAUGUUCACUCUCCCUCUGCGUCAUCACUCUUGCCGUCUGCUGCCUUUCCAGUUUCCAGACGAGCAACCAAGCGUUGGCCAAAAGUGUCCUCUCAGAAUCACGUGACCCAGAGCGUGCUUCUCACGUGGACAGCAAACGUGAUUUGAAAGACGUGCUCGCGUGGACUGGCGACGGCAGAGGCGCAGCGAUGGACGGCUGGGUUCCCAUGUACGACACGGAAGAUGACAUGGACGACACUUUAGAAAAAAGGGCCAGGAUUAGGCUCUACAAGAGACGGCAGCCGAUCAACAAACGCCGUCUGCGAUUUCACAAGCGAAAAUUUGCCUUCGCAGACGGAUUCGGCAAGCACGAAGCACCAAAGCAACACCAGUAUCAGUGGAGGGAGUUUUCAGGCGACGAAGCUGGUCACUCGAGAUUAAAAAGAUGGGCUGGGGAAAAAGCGAUGGACGCUAAUCCCGCCUUGAAACGACACCGCCGGUUCUCCUUCAACGCAAACAUGAAUGUUUUAGCGCAAGCGCUUUUGGCAGAGGAAGCGCGUGAACAGCUGGCGGAGUUAGAGAACCUGGAAGCGAAACUUCGGGCCAUCGGCUAGAAAUCUAGAUCUAGUCAACUCUGUCUCCAAAACAAAACACAAAAUACAAGUUUUAAAAUUCAAAGAAGACUUUUGGCAACACUUAUAAAGUAUUUUUAUAUUAUCUAUAAGAAAUAAAAAUAACUAUUAUAUGCUCACACUUUA